AUGGCCAGUGCGGUUACAGAAUGUGGAAAUGUGAGAAUCAUCACACAAGUCAUCCAGCAGAAAGCCCCACAGGUAGCAGAGGGGAUGAGUGAGUUGGAGUCAACUUCCACAUCAUCACAGCUCGCAUCAACCCAGCCCAAAAACUUCAAAAAUACACUGCCCAAGGCACUUGGGGUUGUACAGAUUGUCUUGGGGGCUACACAGAUUAGUUUUGGCAUUGCCCUGACAGUCGCACAAGAAGACUUCAAGAAACUCACCGUGAGCAGUGGGGUCUACUUCUGGAUUGGAAUCUUGCUCCUGCUCUCUGGGGCUUUGCUGGUGGAAAUGGAGAAACGAGACAAUGCAUUGUUGGAGAAAAUAUGUUUGCUUGCGAACUUGUUGGUCGGUGUGGCUUCAGUAGUGGCAGUAAUUCUCCAUGGUACUGAGAUUGGAAAAGAGACAUUAAAAGCGGACCGCUGUGCUGGAAUUGACGAAUAUUAUUGCUCCGACUCUGGAGAGGUGCUUGUGUAUGGCUUGAACUCAGUAUUCAUCAUCCUUUCACUGCUUGAACUGGCCAUAUCUCUCACUGCUGUGGUGGUGACUCUCAAAUCUACAAAAGAGCAAUCCUAUAGACAAAUGCUAUCGAGAUAGAAAAGAG